AGCGCCCAACCAGAACGGCGUAAAAGAACGUUCUUACAAUAAUGGACAGAGACUUCUAAAGCUUAUGAAGAGGGAUCAACGUUCACACUAAAAUUCCUUUUCGUCUACGCUAAUUUAAGACUUCCGAAAUAUCGCAAGAAAUAAUGGGGGUCGGAGAUUAUAUCCAUUCCAAAGAAGCCGGUCAACACCGCGCUGCCGCAAAUGAGACGUCAGACCAAUCGAGACAAUUCUUAGCUGAGCAGGCCAAAGUCAAUGUUCCUCCGACAAACCUGAUGGCACCUGUUCCCUUGGGGGUGGGUACGUCUGGGCUACCGCAAGAACUAGAAGAUGCUCAACAAAGGGAUACAUUUGACACAGAUGUGGAAGGGAUUGAUGAAUCUACUAUUGCUGGAACUAGUAUUGCCGAUGCUGAGGAAUUUCGAAUUCAACCUAUCCAAUUACCUCAACUCCAGCCGCCCCAGCCAACUCAGAUCACAAAUAUCCCUCAGCCUCAAGACACGGACACAAGACCUUUAUACCAAUUUCGCCAUGGACGUCGUCCGUACCAAUCUAACUGGUACGAAAAUUUGGGAGAUAAGGCUAUGAAAUCAGCAGGAUUUGAGUCUGAUGAUGCUGACGACGACGCAAGCCAGUUGACUUCUAUUGCCGGGGAUGACGAAAGGGACGAGCCUAAUGAUUGGUACUAUUCUCACAAGCAUCGUGCUGCACCUGAGGAACCUUUAAGCAAACGCCUAGAGAACUUCUGGAAUGCUAGCAAACGAACAACUCCCAAACCAACAACCCAAUUCUAUCCAGAGACAAAACACCCAGUGCUAGCCCCACCAGCUCCUGAGUCCAAGAAACAGGAUCUGCCCGUGGGCGGAAGCAGAAAGAUUACCCUUCCUCGCAGUAUGACCACGACACCCAGGACCAGGUUCAGUCCAGCAAAGCCUUCGCUUCUCGAACAGCUGGAUAAAUCCCCUACACGUCGAGUUGGUUCCUCGCGAACGCGGCCUAGGCGGGGAAGCGUGAUUGACCUCCGCCAGCGGAACAACGGUGACGAUGCAGAUCUGUUUACCGGUGACAACCGAGACAGUAUUGAUGGCCAGUCAAUGACCGCUUUUGAUUUAACGAAUGUGGUGGCUCUUGACGAGGACGACACGCUACAAGACCCCUUCUUGAGACACAGCCGUUCUGGCUCCGACCCCACUACUCCUUUCAAAAAAAGGAGCCUCGAACCAGAUUAUCCACCGGAUGUCUUAUAUCAGAAGUCCUUUACUGAGCUUCAGUCCGAACCGUUUGAUCGAUCUCCUAGCACCACCCCUGCACGACCCACACCCGCUCCAGAAGCAGAUACGGCCCCGGAAGACAAGUUCCCUAUGCUUGCAAACAUGUCAGGCCUUGACCGUCGAAAUUACUUCUCGACUCUCUCAAUUGACGAAUGGGAAUCAUGCGGAGAUGAAUUGAUCGACCAAUUCACCGAUAUGCUCACGAAAAUGAAAGACUUACGCCAGGCACGACGCAAGACAGCCGCUAUCUUUGAGGUUGAAUUGAGAAGAAGAAACGAAGUGGUCGAAGAACAGGGUCGCGAGUUAUCUGACAAGAUGGAAGUUAUGAGAACUGGGGGGGCAGAGGUUCUGCGUGGUCGUACCCUUUGACAAAAAUGUUUUUGUAAUGACAACUACGACUUAUCUAAUUCACAACACCUGUCACUAUACAGUCUGUGUCAUAGGAUAUGUUUGGAUCGAACCAAAACCCGGCCGUGUCUUAGCAUAUCUAUACGAAGGUGGCGUCUGUACUUUUCUUUUACGUCGUCUGGGAUACCUGGCGAUGUGUUGUUAUGAUUAUGUGAAAUGACUUGGAAUUUUCUGGCGGAUUUUCUAUUCUACUAAUUGUCCGUUUUUCUUAUAUUGUUUCUUAGAUGUUUGUAGGAAUACCCUGUUGCAUGU